GACAUGGUUCAAGUAGAAACAUUUUCAGCCGACAGAAGUAGUGUCCUUAACGAAGAAGAAACCACCGUGACGUCAUGUAGAUGAGACAUCCGGAACAAGAACAGGCUCAGCACGGAAUGCCUGGUUUAUACUGUUAGUCACUUGUAGCAAUGCUAAACAACAGGUAACGUCGUUGUUACCUGAGCAGCCGCGGCCGCGCAGAAGACACCUGGCUCCCGGGAGAAUGGAUUUAGCCCGACACGCCAUCAACUGUGGGCUCAAUCCUGCAGCUCUGGCUUAUUCUAUGACAACACUGGGAGCUGGCAUGAUAAACAACAUAUUCAACUUCUACUAUGUCAAACUCUUCCUCAAUAAGUACAAGAUAUCAGAGGGAGUGUUCCACCAAUCACAAGUGGUGUACAUGGUGUGGAAUGCAAUCAAUGAUCCUCUUUUUGGCUAUCUGCAAGAUAAUUCCAGGGUGCCCUGCUGCUCUCAGAGACGUCUCGCCAUCCUGUAUGGAGCUCCUCUCUACUCCCUGGCUUUUCUUCUAGCCUGGUUCCCAUGGCAGACUUACGCCCCCGGUGACUGGUUGAUCGGCGUACACUUGACGGUGGCGCUGUGUGCUUUUGACGCCAUGUUGACUUUUGUGCUGCUGGCACAAUGUGCGCUGUUUGCAGAGAUUUCAAGCCACCAUCAGAGCCGACUGAGACUUGUGAACUACAACCAGGUGGCGUCUCUCCUUGGCUCCUCCAGUGUCCUCUUCUGUGGUGUGAUGUCAAAUAACAUGGAGGACUUUGCGUCCUUCCAAGCCUUCGCAGUGCUGAUCGCUGUCCUGAGCUGUGUCUGCAUGCUCUACACGGGCCUCCACAGUGAGAGCCGCUUUGAUAACAAAGGACCUGAAUUGGAGACAUUGAGGUCUCCUGAUCAGGCUUCCCAUCAGUCAGGCUUUUCCUUCUCCAUGUUAAGAACGUUGACGUGGCAAAUUCUGAGCAACAGGGACUUCCUGCAUUUUGUGUGCAUGAACUUCUUCCAGGUUUUCCUGUUGGCUUUCUUCAAUAAUUUUACCAUGAUAUUUGCUGAGUACCUGAUUCCUCCAGAUGUGCUUCCAUCACUGGCGAAGAGCAUCAUGUAUGGAGCGGGCUUCAUCUGUCCACAGCUGUUAGUAUUGAGCUGUCAGAGGUUGCUCCGGGAUAUUGGCUACUUCCGGGUAAUCCUCUUCACCUUCUACAUGGAAGCUGGAAUGGCAGCUGUCAUGCUCGCACUCGGUCCCCAGCACUACUAUUUUAUGGCAUUUUAUCUCACCAUUAGCAUGGUGACGAUCCAAGCAGCCUUCAGUCUUUUUAGCUUGCCCUUGGCUGACAUCAUUGACAAAGACAUGCACAAGUACAAGCGCAGUUCCCCUCUCUCCUCCAUGGUCUUUGGGACGAAUGCUCUCUUCACUAAACCGGCUCAGUCUCUAGCCCCAAUGAUUGUGCUUAAUAUCCUGAACCAGUGUGGAUAUGAACAGCUGAAGGGCACCGCAUGGGAUUCAAAUGAAAGCGCCUCAGGGAGUCUCCGGCACGUCAUGUUCUACUUGGUGUGUCUGGUGCCCAUGUGUGUCGCUGCUCUGCAAGCCCUCGCUUGGAGGCCUUUUUCCAUACGCAACAGUCACACAGUCGACACAAAGUAGUUGACGGCUAACUUCACUGUGUCAGGCUGUUGCUAUUGUUGAGGAAAUUCUGUAUUGCAAAGUAUGCGAAUAUGUUCCUUCUUUUCACUGUAUAUUCCAGGAUUAUACAGUAGCCUACUGAUGCACUGUGUGUAUGUGUUUGUGUGUGUGUGUGUGAUAUAUAUAUAUAUCCACACACAUGCAUAUAUCGCGACGUGUGCGUGUGUGAGUACAUUUGAAAAAGUAAUACAUUUUGCACAUUGUUAAAGGGAAGCUAAUUACAAACUUAUUUAGUUCAAUCAAGGACUUUGUUGUUUCAGGAUUUCUUUUUGGUUGCAUGAUUAGUGGCUUAAGUGAUUUUUUGUUGUAAAAAUAUGCAACAUUAGCAGUUGCAGAUUGAAUUCCUGCCUUGCUCCAGAAUAAAGUAAUUCAUUGUGAUUCUCUGA